AUGAAACCACAAUAUACCGAAAGUCAUUUUGCACGGUUCACUUCUUGGGAAAGAACGAACAUAUAUGGGUUAUCGGUUUUUGAGACGAAAAUGAUGAGUGGACUCCCUAUCAGCCUAAAAUUUCCUUCGGGUCUUAUAAAUAAUAAAGAAGCUGUAGCGUUUAAUGAUCCCGAACAAAGUGAUGAACAAAAAAUUUACAAACAUCUGUUCGUAAGUUCAUUCUACAGUGUCAUCUGCUUCGUCUCUGCUUUAGGAUAUUGGAGUACUAUCGAAUUACCCUUGGACCGAAAUAUUGGCGAGAUAGUCUCAAUAGAUGCUUUUUCAUCGAUUCGAUCGGAAUUGGUUUUUGCUUUGACGGCCAUUUAUCAAGGGCAAGACGGGGAAUCUGUACAUACACUUAGAAUUUAUUCGUCGGACGAUCGUCCUUCAACAACUUGCAUGGAGAAGGCAACAUUCAACAUUACUGAGAAGCGCCUUUUUGAUUUACAUUUUACCCCAAUGCAGCUUUCUCACACAAAAAUUAAAGUUGACGGUGAAAUUCGUGUGGGAAUACUAUUAUGUGGAACUGAUGAAGCCGUACAUUUAUAUUUGGAGAAUAAUACCCCACUGGGAUGGGAAGAACAAUCAAUACAAGAUUAUUUUCCACUAUUUGCAUCUUUGAAAGCAAAUAUAUUAUCCCUAGAAAUCAAGGAAAUUAACGAUCUCAAGAUAUUAGCAGCAGGUUGUCAAAAUGGAAUGUUGUAUAUGUCCAUUAUGAAAUUGAAUUCCGAAACUGGUGAAUAUGAACAGUUUGAAGAACAUUCAUCAGUCGCCCUUUUCUCUCCAAUCACGUCGGUUUUGGUGUUUUCUUCCUCGACGAGUAAAAUAAACCCAGGGGGCAUCCACAUGCUCGUGACAUGUGCAGUCGAACAAGCAAUUGUUUAUCGCAACAUUGACAAACACUCUUUAACCUAUCCAAUGUAUUUGGAAGAAUGCACAAAGUAUGACAGCGUGCUUUGUUCGCAUGUCAUGGACGUCGACUGGGAUGGUAAAAAUGAGAUCAUUGUUGGUACAUACGGAAGAGAAUUGUUAAUAUAUAAACAAAUUACGAAUGAAGACCCAAACGAUCCUAUAAGUUUUGAAUUGUUAUUUCAAAAAUCAUUUUCAUAUCCCAUUUAUAGAAUUACUGGAAUAGAUUUAAAUCAGGACGGAAUUGAGGAAUUAAUAGUCGUCACUCAGUAUGGGACGCAUAUUUUACAGCCAAACUUAGAUGCAGCAAAAGAAGAACUUUUAUUGGCGCUAAAGAAUCUCGAAUUAUUAAGACAGGAACGCAAAGCAAUUUCUGAUGUUUCACCGGUGGUGACGUUUUCAAUAACCUGCCUUCUACCAGAUCUUGCUCCUGUUAUUAGUGCAGAUAAAUUUGAUAAGCUAAAUACGAAUUGCACAUAUAAUAACCAGCUAUGCUCGCGUAAAAUCGCUGUAACUGAACCAAAGAUGCAAACAGAUCAGAAAGACGAAAAAGAAAAGAAACAAUUGGAACGAUCUCAAUGUCCGAUGGUCGUAGAAUACGACCUGCUCUCGAUAGAUAAAUCAUGUUAUCCUUGUGCUGCUUCCGUAUUCGAGGAAUACUUGUUCAAGGUUAUCAGGGCUUCCUCUAAGGCAAAACACACCAUUCAUGGCAUAAAGGAAGUCAACAGAAGUCUUCCUUGCGAUGCAACACCGCUCACGCUUAUUCAGCACCUCCCUUCGCUGUGCAAGAGUAAUCAGAUACCAUACGUCUACGUGAAGUCCAAGUCGGAUUUGGGUUUCGCAUGUAAAGCGCGGAGACCUACAGCAGCGUUAAUGAUUAUUCCAGACGAUAAUAACAACAAUGAAACGUAUGCGUACAAAUCUCGAUACAACAAAAUUAUCAACAAGUUAAAGUCCUAUUUUCACAACUCAUAA